AUGCAUUUCCUUCUUGACAAGCUAAUGCCGAUUGAGCUACGUCCUAUAGAUCUUAAAAUAUCACUCGACGAGCACCAAGCGGCGCUCGCGGCAUCGCUCGCAAAAGCGAAUCUAGUACCUGGGUCAGCAGCGGGCCUCAUCCCUGAUGGGUUUCGCCCUGCAACCAGUCUACACGUCAGUUUCGGCAGCAAAGCGGUAGAACUAGGCACCUUCCUCCGCGUCGGGGAAUGUAAGCGGGCGCCAACGCUUGUGUUCACAGCUGCGGCGGACGCGGGCGAGAACCCCUCCUACGGCUUGAUAUUCACAGACCCCGACGCGCCGACGCCGGACGAACCCAAAUUCGCAUUCUGGAGACACUGGGUACUGUCCGGGUUGCGGCCGCAUAGCGUGGAUGCUGUCGCCACGGCGUCGCAGUUGACGGCAUAUCUUGGUCCUGGGCCGAAAGAUGAGUAA